CCUGUGGCUUUAAGGCUUUCAGAGGUCCGGAUGACUUUCUGCUGAUUAGUUCCCUCACUUAAGUGACUCUCUCACUUGACUUUUUCUCAGUCAUAUGGAAAUGGAAGACCAAAUGGAAAGUCAGAAGAGGACGGGGAUGAGCAAAGAGGCCUUAAUAUCUGAACGGACCGGGUCUUUGGGAUGCUGUGGGUGGUUUAUAGUCAUCUUGGUUGGAUUAUUCACAGUGUUAUUCUUCCCCAUCACCAUUUGGUUCUGUUUGAAGAUUGUUCAGGAGUACGAGCGCGCGGUCAUCUUCAGACUGGGCCGCAUCACAGACAGGAAGGCAAAAGGCCCAGGAAUUUUCUUCAUUUUGCCCUGCACUGAUUCAUUCAUUAAAGUUGAUCUGCGAACUGUUUCAUUUGACAUCCCUCCGCAAGAGAUUCUGACUAAGGACUCAGUCACUGUGAGCGUGGAUGGUGUGGUGUACUUCCGUGUCAAUGACCCCAUUGCUUCUGUGGCCAACGUGUCCAACGCUGACUUCGCUACCCGUCUGCUAGCCCAGACCACCCUCAGAAAUGUCUUGGGCACCAAGAACCUGUCUGAAGUCCUGUCUGACCGCGAGGGCAUCGCUCACAGCAUGCAGACAAACCUGGAUGAAGCUACAGACAACUGGGGCAUCAAGGUCGAGCGUGUUGAGAUUAAAGAUGUGAAGCUGCCACAUCAGCUGCAGAGAGCCAUGGCCGCUGAGGCGGAGGCUGCACGAGAGGCCAGGGCCAAGGUGAUAGCUGCCGAAGGUGAGAUGAAUGCAUCCCGUGCCCUGAAGGAGGCCUCGCUGGUCAUCGCCGAGUCUCCGUCGGCCCUGCAGCUCCGUUACCUCCAGACGCUCAACACCAUCGCCGCCGAGAAGAACUCCACCAUCAUCUUCCCCCUACCCAUGGAUGUCAUCUCACACUUCAUCCGCAAGUGACUGCAGUAGUUGCCGACUUGGUAGUCUGCUGACUUUGCGCUUGAGCACAUAGCCGUUGUUGAAUAGGCAAUAUUUUACAGAGGAUUUGGUUAAUAUAGUCAAGAUAAGCGUCAUCAGAGUCAAUGCCUUUUUGCUGAGACUUCUGAAUGGAACCAUUGUGUAUUCUGAGACAUUUCAAUUUUAAAAUGGUAAUUCAUGCUGUUGCAACCUCAGUGUUUGACCUUUAUCAAUUGCAUCGAACUGUAAAGCCAUCAUAUCAUCAUUUGAAUUCCCUGCACCUAAUGAGGAACGUCUUGUUUUGGGUCAAUAUCAAUGUCAAUACUGUUAUUUAAGGAUGUAUUUCAGUUGUUGUCUAGAAAAUAUUUCGACAUACAAUUGGUUUGUAUGAGGCGUAAUGGCUUACAGUUAUUAUUUUUUUAUGCUUCAAAUGUUCAGACUUAUCUAUUAAUAAAUCAUACAAUAUGA